AUGACUUCCUCUGACGUCCCUCAAGAGUUCCAGGCGCGGCAGCCGGUAAAUGAAGCUUUCAAUGCUGCUUCUGCGAGUGCAGUAGCCGGUCUUGUUGUGAGUGCUGCGCAGAACUGUCUCCAAAAGCAUAAGGCCGGUGCCAUGGGAGUGUUUUCCCGUACAGGCGGCACCAUUGCUAUUUUCACACUCAUUGGUGGACUCUUUGCGUACUCAGAUGCUUCGUUAGCUAACUUCCGGCACAAGGAGGACGGCUGGAACGGUGCAGCCGGUGGUUGUGCCGCCGGCCUUGUGAUGGGUGCUGCCUCUCGCUCCAUGCCCCUUAUGGCUGGUUCAUGCGCAGGUCUAGGUGCGCUUGUCGGCUCAUUCCAGGCCGCUGGUGGCAACAUGUUGAACAGACAGGGUAUCCGGCCAGAAGUCCGGAACAUUGAUCCUGAAAACAAUGAUAGCCCGCUCAAGACUUUCUCGCAGGAGAGGCGCUUCCGUUUUUUCAAGAAGACGCCAGAGUCUGAAUAG